UAGGAGUACUUGCUGUACUUACAUCUUCUUGCACUUGUUGCUCCGUUUUUGUUGUUUGGCGAACCAACUCUAGCAAGUAGUUGUAUGGUUGGAAAUCCGCAAUCCGCUUGAUUAGGUGGUUGAGUCCAUUGAGGAAGCGAGCCAUUGUUUGCAAAUCGGAUUCCUUCACAUUGGCUCAGAGAAUUGCGAUUUCCAUCUCCUUGUAGUACUCUUCGACGGUCUUGGUGCCUUGCUUGAGUACUUGGAGCUUCUUGAAGAGGUUGCGGGUAUGGUGCAUGUGCACAAAUCUCGCUCUCAUGACUUGCUUCAAUGGGGACCUCUCCUUGCUCUUGUCAAUGUUCUGUGAGUUGUUCCCACCAUAUGUGGACGUACUCAUCAAACUCGAGCGAGGCCAUUGCCAUUUUCUUCACCUUGUCAAAGUUGUGGACACGGAGCAUUUUGUCCACGUUGAGUGCCCAUGAUUGAUAUUCACAAAUGGAUGGCUCACAAGGGUAGUGGCAAGGAAGACAAAGUUGUGUGACGGAAUGACAUACCUCUUUGACACCUCUACCUUGACAAAAUCGGAGGGCACCCGCCUUGCUUUUGGUGUUUGUGUUAAAAGGAUGACAUAUCAUCAUCGUAGCCGAGCUUGGUUGUUGAUGGAGGCGGUGUAGGGGCUAAGUUCUUUUGGGCGGCUUAAAAAAUAAGCUGUCUCUCCCCAGCUUAAAAAAUAAGCCGCUCCCUAAAUUUGUUGUGACUUCUAAAUUAAUUAUACCAUAACUAGUUCAGAAGCACAAAUGAAUGAGGGAGACGGCUUAUGGGAAAAGCUGGGGAGGAGGCGGCUUAUAUUUUAAGCCGCCAAACGAACUGGCCCUAGAUGUACUUGGCAUUCUUGUUGAAGAAGCCGGACGUCGAAGCCAGCAAGAUGCCCAGCUUGCUGGCAAAGUUGCUGAAGUUGUAGUCAAGUCAGACCAAGGUCGGAUAGUCCGAUAUUCUGGACUAAGUUGGAUAGACCAACUUCGCCUAGGCUGGUGUGGGUCAACUUGAGGAAGAACUCGAAAUUGGAGGUAGUUAAAGAAAAUCAAAGGCAGAUCAACUCACAUAUCACCAGAUCCGUGGAUCAAAUCUAACCAAAACUCACCAGAAACAACAAAUCGCUUGAAAUCGGGUGACUAUUUUUGUGGGGAUUUUUGAAACUGGGAAGAACAAAAACAAAAUUUGUCUAGAAAUAUGAGGGAGAGGGACUCCAAAUUGUGGCAACCUGCACAUGAUACCAAGUGAUAUGGGGAAGCUGUUUGGUGGCCUGAUCUUCACGAUUUGAGGUGAAACACGAUGAACAACGGGGGAAACAUAGAGAAAACACUCACAUAGACAAGAUUCACCACCAAAGUACUCAAAUCUCAUUCCAAAGAGAAAUACACCUCAAGAUCUGAGGAAUUGGAGGUGCUGAUCACCAAAGGAGAGGAAAAGAAGGUAACAAGGAUAGUUCAUCCCCAAAUCCAAGAGGAAUUGGAGGUCUUGAGAGAUAAUCUUCCCAAAUCUCUAGGAGAGAUGGGGUCUUGAUAAUCCAAGAGGAUUCUUCCCCAAACUGGAGGUGUUGAUUACCAAAGGAGAGGUAGAUGAGCAAAGCUCUCUCAAGAAUUUGGUCUAAACUUUGCUAACCCUAGAUCUGAGAUGGAGUACGGAAUAUAUAGUAUAGCCCUGAAGACGUAGGUAGGUGGAGAAAGCUACACGGGCCUGUGGCCCUCUUCUCUGCGCGUAGACAAGUCAGACAUUCUGACAUAAGUCGGACAGUCUGACUUGUCGGAUGUUCCGACCCCAUGUCCAACAUAGUAUUGUCCUGAUUCAGAGAGCAAUGUGGUAAGUCGGACCCUAUGCUGGACAUGAAGUCCCGAAUAUCUGACUUGUUGGACAUCAGGUCGAAUGUUUGAAUCGGAACAUCUGACUUUGUCCAGAGAGCAUUUUGGUAAGUUGGACUAUCCAGCAGGGUUUGGUCCUUGGUGAUGUUCCUCGCUUCCUCUUCGAGCCCCUUCUUCUCGUUGCUUGAAUCCUUCAUAUCUAAGAAUGCACAAUGUUCCCUAAUGAGGUAGUAGCCACGUCUCAUAUGAGUGUAUAGGAAGCUCUACUAGGAAGUCAUGUCGGUUUCAAUGGUUCAAUUGGAGCUUGUGGGGUUGAUGAUGGGUUCGUGGUAAUGUCCAUAGGAUGCAUCGUAUCACCAUGGGUUUAUGGUCGAAGUUGCAGAAAGCCCCAUAUCUUGGCCGGUGUUCACUUAGAUUCAGGUUUUAUGGGACUAUGGCUGGACAAGUAUUUGUCCUAACCAAAUCACAACUUGAUUGCAGCUCAAUGGCAGAGCAGAUUCACAAAAGAGGGAAUCUCUACAGUAGGAAACUUUGUCAGAGACCACAGAAGGGGCUAAAAUUGGUGGGGUUCCUUGAAACCUUAUUACCAUAAAACCUGGGUUGAAGUGCCACUAGCUAAGAAACAUGGGGCUUUAUUUAUCUACGGUUUUGUGAAAUUUAUUCUCACUUUCUCAGGGAGAUUAAAGAGAAAUCUGUUUUGUCUGAUUUGACAUCUGGUGCACCACACUUAAAAUGCUACUAUGAUUAGUAAACAUAUCAACUUGACAUAUUCUUAGUAUUCAUCUUUUCUUUGCAAUUUUAUUAUGCAGAAACAUAAUGUCUUUUGAAGAUAAUGCAAUGGCUAGUCGUAUCACCUCGCCCUCAUCAAAAGCUAUGGUAUCAGAAUCAGAUCUUCGGAUAAUAAAUGUUGCAUCAAAUGUGGAUCAUUCUCAAGCAAAUAACCAGGCAAGUGCAGUCCUCGGUCCAGUGGCUAUCUUUUGGGACAUUGAGAACUGCCCUGUUCCAAGUGAUGUACGGCCAGAUGAUGUUGCUGGGAAUAUACGGAUGGCAUUACGGCUGCAUCCUGUUGUUAACGGUGCAGUUACAGUUCUCUCUGCUUAUGGAGAUUUCAAUGCUUUCCCUAGAAGACUCAGGGAGGGAUGUCAGAGAACCGGAGUCAAACUUGUCGAUGUUCCAAAUGGGCGGAAAGAUGCUGCUGAUAAGGCUAUACUGGUAGAUAUGUUUCUCUUUGCUCUGGACAAUCAUCCACCGUCAUCCAUUAUGCUUAUAUCUGGUGAUGUGGACUUCGCUCCCGCUCUCCAUAUACUUGGUCAGCGUGGAUACACCAUUGCCCUUGCGAUUCCAUCUUCAGUUACCGUCUCAUCGGCUUUGAGCAGUGCUGGGAGUUUCGUGUGGGACUGGCCUAGUCUUGCCCGUGGUGCAGGCAGUGUACCCCCCAGAUCCUUAGGGCAUCGUGCUGCUGAUCCUUUAGUCUGUCCUAACAGUGUAACACCGGGGAAAUUUCCUGACAUACAGACUGAAGAGGAGGCCAUUGUUUAUAUGGGAACUUUUAGGAAUGAAUAUGGUGGCAGAACAACCAGCAACCAGAUUAAUUGCUAUAACUCUUCACAGGUCACCGGAGAAUCAUGCAAAGCUUUCUGUACUCUGGCGGAUGGCAGUUGUGGCACCGGCACGUCAUCGAGGUCACAUCAUGUAUUAGGUGGUUUGAAUGAAGUCCCAGUGAUAGACCAAGGAUUUACAGGCGAACAAUCAUGGUGGGUUCGUCCCGGUGACCUUCAAGGCUUGAAGGGUCAACUAAUAAGGUUAUUUCAGUUAUCUGGUGGAUCUGUUCCACUUGUCCGUGUUCCUUCAGAGUAUUUAAAGCUGUUCGGAAGGCACCUGUAUGUAGCAGAAUAUGGAGCUGUAAAACUUGUUCAUCUUUUCGAAAAGCUGGCUGAGUCUUUUGUUGUCAUAGGGAAGGGUCAGAGGAAGAUGAUUUGCCUACGCAAUUCUGGUGAUAGGAACAUGAAGAAAUAUCCAAGCACACCAAUAAUUUUGAAAAAUGAAAAGAGAUUGAAUGCUACUCUCGAGGAAGGUACUAGUGAAGCAUGUCAGCAGUUGAGCAGCUCAUCAGAAGAUCUCUCAGAGGAUGAACAGAAUAUUAACCCUGACGUAGAUGGAGCAUAUGUGUUUGAUAGCCAUCUAUACAAGUGCAGAACAGAGGUCGAGGCUCUUCUUGUCUGUUACUUGUCGUGCCCUCUUCCACUCUCUCAUUUUGAGUCCCUGUAUGAGCAACGGUACAAGAAGACUCUCGACUACCAGAGCUGUGGAGUUGAUGGUCUGGAGGAACUGCUUAACAAGUUAAAAGAUGUUGUCGAAUUGAAUGUAGAUGAGAUCAGCAACAUGAAGUUCAUCAAAGCCAAGUCACCAAAAUGUAGUCCCUCAAAGCCAUGUUAAAUAGUGGUUGUCCUAAUAUCAGUAGUAUAGUCACGUGAGUACUUAGGAUUUUGUUUCCUCGCUGAGCAUGUUUGUCAAGCACUGGGCUGACGUCUAUUUUAAUCAUGUCGGUGGGAUAGGAGCAGACGUGCAGUUGCACAGCAAAUGCUUGCAAUAUUAUCUUGUUCUGCUAAUCUAAUCGAAUAUUGGUUGCUUCAUUUA